AUGUCGAAUACAGGAAAUGGAGAGCUUCUCAAGGAUCUCCUCCUCACUGGCAGUUAUAGUGACUUGAAGCUCGUCUGCCAUGGACAACAAUUCAAUGUGCACAAGAACGUGGUUUGUGCACAAUCAAAGGUGCUUGCCGCGGCUUGUAAGGGCGAGUUCGAGGAAUCACGUACAAAUGUGAUCAACGCUGAGGUGUUCGAACCGGAAACAGUUCGGCGGAUGAUCAACUUUCUAUACACGAAAACAUACGAGGUUAAACUUAGCGAAGGUCAGGUCAAGAACCUAGGUCAAACCUCUGGGACUAAAUUUACUAAUGGGGAUGGCGGUUACAUACCUAUCAAAUAUGUUGCAGGUUAUCAAAGGCCCCAGGCGAAACAAAUAAAGAAGGGCCAAAUGGCUGCAAUCAUUCUAUGCCACGUGGAAGUGAAUGCAAUCGCAGACUACUAUGACAUUCCUUCUCUGCGCGACCUCGCCAAUGAUAAUAUCAAGUACAUCCUCAAAUGCCAGUGGGAAGUUGAGAAAUUUUCCGAGAUUAUUGCCCACAGUAUACAGUCCACCACUGAUCCAAAUCUUCAUGAUUUACUGGCUUCAACUACGGCCGAACAUAUUCAAGAAUUACUCACAAUUCCUGACCUGGGUGAUUCACAUGUCUCGAGUGAAUUUUAUAUGGCCAUCAUUAUGCAUACGGGACGCAGGAUUGGUGAGCUCCAGUCUCAGCUUAUGACGAAGGACGUGAAGAUAUCUGGGGUUCAAGAUGAGAACAGGCGAAUUGAUGAGAGAAGAAAGCUCCUCGAAACGGAGAAGAUGAAAGCUGCCGAGCUCCAGACGAGUAUUGAUAAUAUGAUCGAGGCCUUUAAAGACAGGUGCUCUGGGUCUGCAUAUACAUACCACGUUAUCGAGUUUGUGGGUAACAAUGAAAAGAAUGGAAGUGGGCUCUAG